AUGGCGAUCACAAAAGCAGAUUUGAAGGCAAAGGAAGCGGCUCGUAAAGCAGCACAGGGUGGGAAAGCCCCACGCAAACAACUUGCCGCAAAGACUAGUCGCAAAUCCGCUCUUCGGAACGGUGGAGUCAAGAAACCUCAUCGGUACAAGCCUGGCACUGUUGCUCUUCGAGAGAUCCGUCGUUAUCAGAAGUCAACCGAGCUUCUCAUCCGUAAACUUCCCUUUCAGCGUCUUGUUCGUGAGAUUGCCCAGGAUUUAAAAUCAGACUUGCGUUUUCAGUCAUCAGCAAUCAGCGCAUUACAGGAAACCGCUGAAGCUUACCUCGCAUCGCUCUUUGAGGACACCAACAUAUGUGCAAUUCACGCAAAGCGUGUUACCAUUCAGUCAAAGGACAUUCAGCUUGCCAGACGACUCCGUGGCGAGCGAGCGUAG